GAGAUGCAACUUAGGUCAAGACCACCCACCAACAUGACUCUUUUCACUGGUUGUUGUUGUCCAUGGUUAUUGAAAUACCCUGGUAAUGUGGCACAGUAUGUAAUCCAACCUGUUUGUUAGCCAUUAAUUAUGUUUCAUUUUCUUUCCACAGUUAAGUUGAUUUCUCAGACUUUUAUCAGGCCUACCAAGUGAAAACAGGUGAUUAUUGCUGUGGGUUGAGCUCAGAAUGGCAGUAGUCAUCCGUUUACAGGGGCUUCCUGUUGUUGCGGGUACUGCAGAUAUUCGCCGUUUCUUCUCAGGAUUGAAUAUUCCUGAUGGAGGUGUACAUAUCAUUGGAGGAGAAAAAGGGGAAGCCUUUAUUAUCUUUGCAACAGAUGAAGAUGCACGACAGGGAAUGAGCUUUUCAGGAGGAUUUAUCAAGGAUUCAUGUAUAGAGCUCUUCCUCAGCAGCAAGACUGAAAUGCAGAAUAUAAUAGACGUUAAUCGAAAAAGAUUUGAUCAUGGUGGGAGAAAGACAGUAACUGGGUCUAGGCGAGCAGGUUCUAGCAAUUCAGGAGUUGAGAACCUUUCAAAUUUAGUUGCAGCAAUUAAAAAAGGAUUUGGUAAACCCAGCUAUGGUUCUCUGGAUCACUUGGAGGAUGACUUUCAUUCCAGUGGCUCUCAAAACAGUGAUACCGAGGUUUCAAAAUCAACUUCUAAUCAGUCCAAGAAAGAGUCAUUUAACUCAGACGAUGUGUAUGUGUUUGUACGUGGGAUGCCUUACUCGGCAUCAGAAGAUGAUGUCCUUAAUUUCUUCUCAGGAUUGCAAGUGGAGGAAGUGAUAAUGCUAGAAAAUGUGGAUGGCCGACAAAAUGGUGAUGGUGUGGUAAAAUUUGCUACACCAAGUGAUGCCAUGAUAGGACUGCGACGUAAUCGGGAGUAUAUGGGUUCAAGAUUUAUAGAAGUACGUCCCUCUAAUAAAAGAAUGUGGUUUAAGCACAGUAGAAGAGUAGAUGAGAAAACGGAUCAUUCUUUCAAACGUUUUGCUCAGUUAAACAAGGAAAGCCCUUCAAGCAGAGAACAUUGUUCAAGAAGAGAAUCAAGUUACAGGUCCUCAAGAAAACAGUCCCAUUCAAGGUCUCCUCCAAGGAGAUUUUUGGCACGCUCCCGUUCAAGAUCUCCUCCAAGAUUUUUGGCACGCUCACGUUCAAGGUCUCCUCCAAGGAGAUUUUCGGCACGCUCUCGUUCAAGGUCUCCUCCAAGGAGAGCUAUGGCACGUUCCCGUUCAGAGUCUCUUCAGAGGGCAGCUGCGGAACGCUCCCGUUCACCUCUCGCUCAUUCAUCAAAUAGUAGGGAGUUUUACAUACAUAUAAAAAAUCUGUCACCUGAUGUUGAGAAGAGACAUUUGAGAGCGUUCUUUGGAGCACUAGCUAUAACUAACCACGAUAUUACACUUUUAAAGCAAGAUAAUAACUAUGAAAAAAGAAGGGAGGCAUUUGUGCUGUUCAGAUCAAUCAGCGAAUAUGAGACUGCACUGAGCUAUCACAAGGAGAGUCUUUUUGGUCAAGCGGUUCACAUUUUCCCCACUUCUAAAAAAACAAUUUUGCAAAUAAUUGAAUCCUCAGGAAGGAAAAGAUCAUCAGAAAGGCAUCACCAUGUAAAAGAAAAAAGGGAUAGAUGUUCUGGCCAAAAGACGUGUGUAUAUGUAAGGAACUUACCAUUUGAUGUGACAAAUGUUGAAGUUCAGAAGUUCUUUGCGGGAUUUAAUAUUGAUGACAGUGACAUACAUUUGCUUUAUGAUGACAAAGGAAUUGGAUUGGGAGAAGCACUGGUCAAAUUCAGAACUGAAGAUCAAGCCCGGAAAGCUGAAAGUUUAAAUCGUCGGCGGUUUUUGGGAACAGAAGUACUAGUAAGGUGUAUACCUGAGGAGCAAAUGCAGGAAUUUGGUAUUACUGUCUCAUCGAUGUCAAGUGAAAAGAUACAGGCUCAUGCACAUGCUAGAGGUGACCAUUUUUAUGCUGUUGGUUCUCAAGGGCCACCAAUGCCAGGGAACCUUAAGCAUCCAUCUGAUUACAGAUGUCCUGAUGACUUCCUGUGCUCACCCGAUCGUUUUAGAGGUCCUCCGCCUUUUCCAGAUUUCGGUGGUGAAGGUAAUCCUGGAGGUUUCCCUGAGGGGCACUUCGUGCCAGACUCUAAUUUCAGUGGAGGCUCUGAUCGCAUCACUCUGAUUAAAUUAAAGAACAUACCAUUUCGAGCAGCUCCUAAUGAAAUUCUGGAUUUCUUCCAUGGCUAUAAAAUCAUACCAGAAUCACUUUCUGUACAUAACAACAAGUAUGGAAUGCCUUCUGGUGAAGCUACCCUUGCUCUGGCGAACUAUAAUGAGGCAAUGGCAGCUGUUAAUGAACUGAAUGACCGGCCGUUUGGCCACCGCAAAGUUAAGCUAACUUUAGCAUAG